CCGGAAGUGGAUUGGGAAAUCUUCUCGAUAGGGGGAUGUCAGUUGCAAACACAGACCUGGCAACCUUCAUAACAUUUGCAACUUGAGCUGUAGUGGUGAUGAAACAGCUUAUCAUAACCAGCACUGACACGACUUGGUGCUAAUCAUUUAACGUUAGCUCUUGAUGUAGCUAACCCUCCGGAUGGAAACAGAGAAACAGGUGACAGCAAGCUGACCAGCGAUGCCGUGCAGGUAAAAGCUGCGUGACUGAAGCCGCAGAAAUGAGCGAUAGAGCCGAGAUGAGAGGGCCCGUAUCCCGCAAGAGGAGGACGACCAUCUCCGGCGGAGGUGGCAGCGGAGCGGUGAAACAAGCCAACGGGAGCAAGUGUCACGAUGUCGGAGAGAAACCACCGCAGUAUUCCGCUAAAGCCAAAAAAGACGAGGUGCCUCGGCAUGUGAGUAACAACGGGAACGGGAAGGUGGAUAGAGAGAUGGGGAUGUCAGCACAGCAGCAACAGCUCGCAAACCGAACGAGAAAACAGAGGAGUCUGGUGGAAGAUAUUAACGAGAAACUCAGCUGUCACGUCCUCCAAGAGUCUCUCUUGAGCUCAGCCAGUGGCUACAGCAACUACAGAGGAAUUCUCAACUGGUGUGUUGUCAUGUUGGUGCUAAGUAAUGCACGCCUCUUCUUAGAAAACAUUAUAAAGUAUGGUAUCUUGGUGGACCCUAUUCAAGUAGUGUCUCUCUUCUUGAAGGACCCCUAUAGCUGGCCGGCAGCUUGCCUCAUUAUUGUGUCAAAUGUGUUCAUCUUAACAGCCUUGUACACAGAAAGGCGUCUGGCUGUGGGUACCAUUACCCAAAUGACAGGACUGAUUAUUCACAUUUUUAACCUGACGUCCAUGUUGAUCUUCCCUUCAGCCACUGUACUCAUUGUGACCUCCAUGACCCCAGUGGGUGGUGUACUUUCCCUAGGAAUCUACACAGUGCUGUUUCUCAAGCUGUACUCGUACCAAGACACCAAUAGGUGGUGUCGAGAAAUCCGACAAGCAAAAGCCAAGAGACUAACGCGGUCAUACUCAUGUCCAUCUGUGGCCCAAUCCAAAGGUUCAGCAGUUCACACUCAUGUCUUCUACCCAGGCAACCUCACCCACAGAGACAUGUACUACUUUGUCUUCGCCCCAACUCUCUGCUACGAGCUCAACUUCCCACGGUCACCUCGAAUACGCAUAAGGUUCCUGAUGAGAAGACUUUUUGAAAUGCUUUUCUUCAUGCAACUGUUGGUGGGACUGAUACAGCAGUGGAUGGUUCCCACCAUACAGAACUCAAUGAAACCAUUCCAGGAAAUGGACUUUUCUAGGAUGGUGGAGCGUCUCCUAAAGUUAGCUGUCCCUAACCAUCUGAUAUGGUUAAUAUUCUUCUAUUGGUUUUUCCACUCUUCUAUGAACUUUGUGGCAGAGCUGUUGCAGUUUGGAGACAGAGAGUUCUACAAAGACUGGUGGAACUCUGAGACUGUCACAUAUUUCUGGGCCAAUUGGAAUAUCCCGGUUCACAAGUGGUGUCUGAGACACUUCUAUAAGCCAAUGUUGAAGAAGGGGGUCAACAAGUUUCUGGCUCAAACCGCCGUCUUCAUGAUGUCUGCCUUUUUCCAUGAGUACCUGGUGAGUAUUCCUCUGAAGAUGUUCCGACUGUGGGCCUUUAUGGGAAUGAUGGCUCAGGUUCCUCUGGCUUGGUUUGUAGGUCGUUUCCUGAAUGGAAACUAUGGCAACGCCGCCGUGUGGAUGUCACUCAUCAUUGGCCAGCCUGUCGCUGUGUUGAUGUAUGUCCAUGACUACUAUGUCAUUCAUUAUGGGAACACUACGUAGCACCAGACAAGCUCACACACACCACACACACACACACACACACCACACACACACAACACAAACACACCCACACAACACACACACACACACACACACACACACACACACACACACACACACACACCUGCCUGCAGGACAACUAAAGGGACUUUAAAGGAAAGCCCUCUUAAUAUGAACUUGUCAGUGAAAAGCAGCAACAGCAGGAAUUUGACUUGUUGAUUUUUGCACUAAAGAGAAAUUAACCAUAGUAUUGUCAGGAAAUGAUUGUGACAUAAGAAGUACUUGCUAUAAAGCGGUAUUCCACUUUAAUAGGGCAAACAUACAUUUGUAGUCAGCCUCCUGUAUUCGCAAACCUCGGGAUUCACUAUCACCACACACUCUUAAUAUCGGUUUCUAGCACUGGACAUUUCAACGUCAAACAAAUGAUCCUGGACCCAAAGUGAAGUAGCAUUUGGAUUUAUGUUGGAAUUGAUUCCUCACUGUUAAUUUGUAAGGAGUAUGAUUUUUAUCUUGAACAGAUUAAGCUAAACAAAAGUAAUGUGUGGUGCUAAGGUUUCCCAAAGUGGUCAAUAUUGGUGGUUGAUGAUUCAGGAGCUCAAAGGUUAGGUGAAAUUUCCUCAACUUUAAAAGCAAUUUACUGAAUUUCGAAUUGGAAACACUGCGUGUAACCAAGCACUUCUCAAGGUCUGGGAAAUGUGCACACUUUUGUGUGCAAUAAAAUGAAUGAACCUGCCGAGUAAGCAAAAGCCAGAAGAAGAUCCUGCCUCCACAGAGCUAAUGUAAAAAAAAAUUGUUGUAGUUUUUUUCAUGUAUCCAAAGACAACAAAGAAAUGGGGAAGCCAGAUAAACUCUUUGUUUUACCGAGUUAAGGCUUAAAAAUGGCAAUUUAGGAUGUCUCCAGGUCUUAAAAAAUGACCACAGUGAGUUUUUUUACGUACAUUCUACAUAUGAUUCCCUCUUUUUGAUGCAGCGCAGUUCUUGAGUAUUAAAUAAAUUUAUAAUAAAAGGAUUUCUAAACAAAAAUGGUUAAAAACAGGAAACUGCAAGAAAAGAAGCUGAAAAGUUUGUGACCUUAUUUGUAGUCGUGGACCUCCAGGCAGCCUCUCGUCCUCUGUCUCUCAACUCCAGACAUCAUCAAUGCAAGCUCGAAGUGUAACAGGACAUGCUACAUGUGCGUUAUUUGUCUGUUAUUUGCUUUAGUGUCUUUUUGUGUUCUGAUUUGACUUAUCAGAUGGUUUAUUUUAUACUUUGUCUGCAGUUUUGCUGUGCCAAAUUAUAAUUUGUUUUAUUUUUUAUAUCAAUGAUUUAAUGCAGUAGUUGAUUUACUGAUUUGAACCAAUGAAUGUUUGCACUUUAAAGAGAUGCAUGCUGUUGACUAAAGCAAUAGAGUUCUAUUAAGGUAUUUAAGUUAUAUCAAUCGUGUAAGGAAAAUAUGGUUAAAAUAAUUUGUAUGUUUUGUAAUUACCUUGUGGACAUUGUGUUGUUGUAUAAGAUUAGCUCAAUGUGAUUCAAAGCAGCUGCGGUGGCAAUGAGUUUUAAACAACCUUUUCAUGCCACAGGUUUUUCCGUAUAUAAAUUCUAGAGCCUAUUUCUUGGUUUGACCUGAUUUAAAAAACACUAUUAUAAUAAUUGCCAUAUAAUAAGAGGCUGUAUGUUAUUUUACUUUUUGUAUGUGUUAAUCUGCUUUACAAAUACAGUGACAGUUGACUGAUCAUGAUGAACUAGAGCCUUUUCAUUCCUAAUUGGUCACAUUUCAGGGAAAAUGUUGUUAAAGAAUAACACCAGUUAUCAAAAAGACUGUGUUGGCAUUCCUUAUUGAAAUUUACAAGUGCCUGCUGUAAAAAUAAUUUAAAACUCAGAAUGUAAAACUAUUGUUUUACAUGAAAAAGACAGAGGCCAAAUACUUCCUUAACCUUAUUCUAUGUAGCGAAUAGAUUCACAAUGCAUCAUACUUGGCAACUGCCCGCAGUUAAAUGCAAUGUUGACUUUAAAGCAAUAUUUUUUUUCUGUUAAAUCGUCAUCACCUCAGCUCGAGAUGGGACUGUUAAAACUCCUGAGAAUAUCUUGCAUCUCCUGGUUCAUUUGUUUUGUGUGAUUUUAUUCACCUGAAGCCUAUUACUUCUUGUUUUCACAUUAUUACGGCACUGUGUGUGCUCUUGGAAUACAAGUUCAAAAUGCUUAAGAUGUAGCUUUAAAAGUUGAACUGUCUUUAGAUGUUUUGGGAUGAUUGUUCGAUGAAACAUGUAGUAAAAUGAAUGUAUGACUGAUCUGUUCAUACAGUACACAGAAAUCCAAAGUAAAACGUGUUUCGAGAAUGCAAAUCAUUUUUUAUAGCCUUUCACUUGAUUUGUGUUAAUUGAUAAAGAUUUAUAUUUGA